CGGUGACUCUUUUGUCCCUGGUUUGAAACUUUUAUUUCAGACAGUUCUGGUAUUUUUUUAGUGUUAAGUGCGGUUACUUGUGACUUUUGAGCUUCCCCUUACUAUUUCCGAAAUCUUUGCACUUCCGCUCUUAAAAUCAUUGUUGUGGAUUUUUGAGUUGUGACAAUUGAUGUCUGCAAUUCAUGUUUGGCUAUUUUCUUCUGGUGGGUUACUGUGUCACUUCUGGGUCCCUUUUUGUUUCUGAGACUUUUGUAAUCCCAAUAAACGUCAUUGUUUUCUUCAGUACCGAGUACAGCUGAUAACUUCAAGAUUUUUAAUAUUUUUUGUCCAUUUCAGUGUUUUAUUGGGUCAGUUGUUGGCUGAAGAAAAAUUUGGGAUCAUGUUCUCCGUUUCUCCUUGAACAGUUGAACUUACUAAAAGACGGAACUGGAACUAGCAUAUGUCAGCAGAUUCCUUGCAGCUUUUGGUUCUCAGUAACUCUAGAAACUCUAGAUUCUCAGUAUAAGUAGUCAUGGCAUGCUUUUUUCUGCACCUAGUUUCAGUGAAGUUAUGAUUACCAACGUUGGAUAAUAUGCUAGAGUGAAAACACAGCUUAACCCCACGGGAAAGCAGGUACACCAUCCACACUUGUAGGCACUAGGCAGCGUGUUUAUUGGCUCAUUCAAAGUGCUGCCUAGCCCUGUAUCUAGUCCCGGCGUUUCUUGGCCAUCUUGUGUUGAGUCUGCUUCUCUGCAGGACGAUCGACUUGUAGAGCUUGUUUCCAAGGAUCAUAGGAGAGGAGGUAACAGGAUGAACAAAUCUCACACUGUGUGCAAGGAGUGUAUUGCAAACCAUUAUUGGCACCACAUGGAUGACCGGAAGCGUUUCUUCAAGGUUUUGAUGGGUGAUUUCAAAAAUGGACUGACCAUACCGAGAAAGUUUGUGGCCAACAUCAGAGAGCAUUUAUCUGAAGAAGUCAAACUAGAGGCACCAGAUGGCAAAACAUAUACUGUUCAGGUUGCUAGAGAACAUAAUGAAUUGGUCCUUCGGUCUGGAUGGUCAGAUUUUUCCUGUGCUUAUGAACUUAAAUUAGGCGACUUAUUAGUGUUCAGAAACAGUGAUAAAUCCCACUUCAAAGUCCGAAUAUUUGAUCCAAGUGGUUGUGAGAAAGAGCUUUCCUGUGUUCUGAUGGAUGGUGGUCCUUGUGUGCAAGAAAGGAAAGUUUCUAAUGGUAAUCAUAUGCAGUCAUCAACAGGCAAAAGGUUUGCAAUUGGUAACCCAAGCGUCAGUAAGAAAACUUCGAAGACAAACCCAACCGACUCUCCUUCACAGAAAAAAAAUGAACAUGUCCCAUCUUCUGAAGGCACUCAGAAGCCCACGAAUUCAGGUGGUGGCGUCCAGAAGCGCACCAAGUCUUGCAUUGUCUUGCCAACUGGAUACGAUAUGACAAGUGAGCAAAGAGCUCAAAUUACCACCCUUGAGCAGAAAAUUCAACCCGAACCUCCUUUUUACAUCACAGCCAUGCACAGGAGAAGUGUGGUUUCUGGAAUUCUGGCCAUCUCCAAGGAUUAUGCCAUGAAACACCUCGCAAACAAAAGUGGGAUCAUCCAGCUUUCUCAGCUUGAUGGUAGCAAGACAUGGGCCAUAAAUUUGGACAUAACCACUAAAGGGGACUGCGCUGUGUCUACUGGCUGGAUGGACUUCAUUCGCGAUAAUAAGUUGCGAGAAGGUGAUAUCUGCAUUUUUCAACCAUCAAAGAGCAAGAAUGGAGUGACACUGAUAUAUCAUCCUCUUGAAGAAAACCAUCGCCUGCAGCCACUAGGACAUAUCCCUUCAACUAAGACCAUGAGUCCUAGGCAUGGAGUCCCUAAGCCCCCAUACAUAUUACCGUGGCGCAGAACUCUGAGUGAUCAGCAGAUGAGUGAAUUGGACAAGAAAGUUGAAGCUAUUCAGUCCAAGAUCCCCAUUUAUGUGGCCGUUAUGCAUAAUUCCAAUACUGCCCGCAACAACAUGUGCCUUUUGGAAUUCGGUAGAGACUACGCAACAAAGUAUCUUCCUCCUGAGAGCCAGACUAUGAGGCUUCGACGCCCGGGUCCCUUCAAGGACGGUACAUGGGAGGCUGUACUCCGGGUCCAGAACAGGAGGUACAUCCUUGGUCGAGGCUGGAGGCAGUUUGUGGAUGACAACAAGCUGAAACCAGGCGACCUCUGCCUCUUCAACCUGAUGACAAACACAAAGCAGCUGACAAUGAACGUCCACAUUAUCCGACUCCGAGAGAGGUCGACUACUCGAUUAGUUGAUCGGCACCAGAGCUGUUCGUGCUGAUGCGUCCCUGAAAAUAGCAGCACUUUUGUGUCAGAAAUGCUCAUUUCGCUGCUUGCUGUGGCUACCUUUGUUCCAUAACUUGUCCAACCUGCAGCAUGAAACUCUGAAUGUGAUGAACUCUGAACUUUUUUUUUUUU